AUUGGAACAGCACUCCAGGAUCUCGGGCUCAGCCUCUUGUCCACUACAGAAGGUGGAGACAAUGUAUGCUACUCUAUCGAACACGGAGAUGAGGACGCAAAAGACGAGGAGGAUGAUGACAUUCCGCCUGAGGAGCAAAUUUACUAUGUAGACACUCAAGGCUAUACUGGUACAGGUGCUUACUAUCGGUUUGCUGUCAACCAACCUGGAGGAGCUUUACUUGCCCAAUAUCUGCUCAGCCCGAAGAUGGCAGCCAUCGAGAAUUGGGAAGAGGAUGAUCCCCCGGAAGUCGAGCUACCGAAACUAAGUCGUGCCUCGGACAUUAUGUGGAUGUUGUAUUCGCGCGACAACCCUGAUCCCAAGAAGCUCAAGUACUACUUCGUCACCACGGUUUUGAACGACCAGACAGUACCCCUAAUAGCCCGGAUGCUGAGACAGGCCGAAUAUGCCGUGGUCCCCUACUGGCCCGGCGUGACAGUCAGUCUAGACGACGAGGAAGGCAAGGUAUUUCUGGGAUCACCAAUGGGCGCCACUAUCGCCUUUCUCCUUGCGCAAUACAAAGCCGAGCUGGGCAUCAAACACAUCACUGAAGUGACGAUAUUCCGGGACAACACUCCACCCGACUGGAUGCCUGACGUGAACAUGCUGUUCAAAAUUGAAGAUGUUCCGGAAAAGACAGAUACAGAUGAUAGCCACCAAGCUCUGCAAACUCGAGGCAGAAGGAAGAACACCAUCCGGGUACACAGAAUCUGGAGUCGGUAG